AUGGCUGACUUUACGAGGUGUAAUGGGCUUCAAGUUUUCAAGGAUGGAGAAUGGAUUGGUGUGGAGCCUCUUCCCAAUGCACUUGUGGUCAACAUAGGCUAUCAGUUACAGAUUAUCAGUAAUGGGAAGCUGAAAUGUGCCGAACAUCGGGCCGUUACGAAUUCCAGAAGUGCUAGGACAUCUGCUGCAUUUUUCUUCACUCCUUCCCCUGAUUGCCUCAUAAAACCUGCAGGAGCUCUUAUUAAUGCAAGCAAUCCCCAACUCUACAAAGCGUUUCAGUACAAAGAGUUCUUUACCAACUAUGCUAUGAAGCAGGGUCAAACCGACAUUGUACUUGAACCAUUCAAGCUCCAAGCUUAGUUGAUGAUCAUGCUCUUGAACUUUUGGUUGAGCUUUGUUCAUUUGAAUAACUGUCGUUUUGCUCUAUGUAGAGGCAAAAGCAGAGCAACUGGUCCAUAUUUAUGUGGGUGAACAUUGACAUUGUAAAAUUGUUCACCGGAUCAUUCAAGUUUAAAGAGAAGUUUAUUUGUGACACAAUAAUGAGUUUAUUGAAUUCAAGAAGUUGUGCUCUCAAACAGAAAAACUUGCAAGAUGAUGUAAAAUGGAGUGAUUUCAAGCAUAGAAAUGAAAUG